AUGACCAACUUCACUGCACUGACGGGCUUCUUCCUCCUGGAAUUCUCUGGCACCAGGGAGCUCCAGGUUUCCCUUGCCUUUCUGUUCUUGCUGAUUUACAUGGCAUCCCUCCUGGGGAAUCUUCUCAUCAUCAUCCUUGUCACCUUGGACCACUGUCUUCACACCCCCAUGUACUUCUUCCUGAGGAACUUAUCAUCCAUUGAUGCUUGUCUCAUUUCCGUCACAGUUCCAAAAUUUAUUCUGAAUUGUCUGUCACACAGGAACCUCAUUUCUUACUCGGAAUGUGUGUCACAGGUGUUGUUAGUGAUUCACUUUGCUGGGUCUGAGCUGUUCCUUCUAACAGCCAUGUCCUAUGACCGCUAUGUGGCCAUCUGUCUCCCACUGCACUAUGCUGUCCUCAUGAGCAGGGGAGUCUGUGUGAAGAUGGCAGCUGCCUCCUGGGUCCUUGGGAGCAUCUUUGGGGUCUUGUACUCAGCUGGAACUUUCUCUUUAUCUUUUUGUGGCUCCAGAAAACUCCCUCAGUUUUUCUGUGAUGUGCCCUCCCUACUUAAGAUCUCUUGUUCAGAGACUCAUUUCACCAUUGAUGUUAGUGUGGCAGUUGGUGUCAUGUAUGCACUUUUCUGUUUGGUGUCCAUUGGACUUUCACAUGUUUACAUUUUUAAGACAGUGCUGAGAAUGCCAUCAUUACAAGGACGGUCAAAAGCCUUUUCCACCUGUAUACCCCAUUUCAUAGUUGUGACAACAUUUAUUGUGACAGGCACCACUGCCUAUCUAAAGCCAGUCCCUGAUUCCCCAAAUUUUGUGGACUUUUUGGUGUCUGCUUUCUAUACCGUGUUCCCUCCAUCUUUGAACCCAGUAAUAUACAGUCUAAGAAACAAAGAAAUCAAGGCAGCUUGUGCAAGAUUUUAUGGAAACUAA